UUUUUCCCCAUGUCCCUGCUGGCCGUCUACAGUCUUUACUCCCAGAUACGAAGUGAACGUGUUGUUCCAGUCUUCCUCAUCAACCUUCUAAUCUCAGAUGUCCUCCAGGUCGUCUGCAUGGUUGUAAACCUUGCAUAUGACAUGGAUACUAGGAUAAAAUGGACAAACUUUGCAUAUGGCAUGGAUCCUAGGACAGACAGGAUGUACUUUAUUCGUACUUACCAUGGUUUUGUUGUGGCCAGUGCUUUGUUUAUGACCCUCAUAACCCUGGAAAGGUAUCUGAUGAUCGCCCACCCGCUGUGGUACAGAUUUAACAAAACAGCUAAGGUCUCUGUUUCCGUCUCUGUUGCCACCUGGAUACUUUCCAUAUUAAUGAGCUUUGUUAGUUAUCUCUUUCCUGAAGCCGGUUUUCUAAUUCCCCUCCCUUUCAUGAUAUUCUUUGUUGCUCUGACCUUCAGAGCUCUGUCUACAGCUCAGGCCGACAGUGAUGAAGCCCAGCAGAUAGUUGAUGAAACAGGAAGCUCAACUUCUAAAAGCAAAGACCAUGAAAGCCCAUGA